GUAGUAAGCUUCUCUAGUGAAGCUGUACAACCAUUUACUAAGGGUGGAAUGAGCACUGCACAUGACUUGCUGAUGUGUGUCUGCCAGAUGCAUGGCUAAAACUGCAUAAAUUCAAAUGGCUGAUAAAGUGAUAGCUGCAAUUGAGAUGUACAUUGCUAGGUACAUAAAAUAUACAAUUCGAUGUGUCUUUCCUAAUGUGACAUACUUCUUUUUUGUUUUGGUUUCAUGUAGGUACUCUAAGUUGGACCUGGAAAAUCUAGAAAUUCAGGUGAAGGAAUGGGCCCAACAGUAUCCAGAGGACAACUUCAAGCUGACCCUUCCAUCAACUGCCCCUGUGGGAGACAUUGAUGACCCAAUACCACAAGAAGAUGAUGAAGAAGUAGUACCUAAUCCCCGAGAAUCUGGUGCUUCACACUUCUUCUUUUGCCAUCAAACAAGAUUUCAACGACACCUAUUACAACGAUAUGGCAACAAGCUUUGCCUUCUUGAUGCAACAUACCGCACAACGAAAUAUGCCGUUCCGUUGUUCUUUUUGGCCGUAAAGACCAAUCACGGCUAUUCAGUCGUUGGUGAUUUCGUUGUGCAGUAUGAGACUGCAAGAGCAAUUCAGCUUGGCCUCCAGACCAUCAAACAAUGGAUGGAAGAAGAUGGUAAGGAUUGGAACCCUUCAUACUUCAUGACGGAUUUCUCUGAAAGAGAAAUCAAAGCAAUUGAAGAGACAUUUCCAGAAUGCACAACUUUCCUGUGCGACUUCCACCGAGAGCAGGCUUGGCUGCGGUGGUUGAGCAAGACGGAAAAUGGUGUCACCUCUUGUAAGCAGAAGGUGUUAGGUAUGAUGAGGAGGUGUGCUCAUGCCACACAACCUGCGGAGUAUCAAGCUGCCUUGGGCGCUUUUGAGUCAUCACCUGAGUGGAGAUCUAGUUCCAAGCUGAGGAACUGGUUCUCCAAACAAUGGUACCCACAUUUCAAGCGUUGGGUUUGGGCCUAUCGUGCUGACAGAGAUCUUCAGGUCAAUACGAAUAACGGUAUUGAGCGGCAGAAUAAGAUUUUCAAGUAUGACUACUUGGAACAGAAGAAAGAUCUUGGCAUCUCUGGAAUGGUCUCUGCCCUCAUUACAGAAUACCUGCCAACCAUGAAACUCCGGUACAUUCAGAAAAAUGUGUCGUCAAUGGAAUCACUUGGAAGGACCUAUGAUGAAGGUAUUCCUUCAUAUUUGAGGUCCCGCCCACACUCCUUCAUACACCAUUGCAUGAUGAAGAUGGAGUAUGCACUCACUGUAUGCAAAGAAGAUGUCAUAAAGAUAUCCGGAUCUCACUUCCAGGUGAAAAGUGAGACAUCUCUGCCGGGAUGUUGUUACAACGUCCAUAUUAAUUCAGCACAGAACAUUCCUUCAUGUGAGUGUUGGGCUUGGAGGUGGUUCCGCCUCCCUUGCAAGCACAUGUUUGCCAUUUUCCACCUUGGUGAGGCCAGCUGGCAGGACCUGCCAGAGGAAUACCGCGAGUCGCCUCUCUUCACACUGGACUCGCAUGUCUCUGGGUUUCUCCCAGAGAGGUCUGGUGUUUCAUCGAUAGAUGAAACACUUGAGUUUGAUGAGGGAGAAGUUUCACAUGUGGACCUGCCUGUGAGUCGUCAGCUGUCAUCCAAGAAGGCAGUCGCUUUACAGGUGAGGGAGCAUCUUGAGGUCCUCCGAGAUCUCUCUUAUGUCUGCAAUGAUGUACAGAUCCUGACAUCGAUGGAAGAUAAGCUGGGCUUAUUAGUUGCUACCACCCAUCUGCGUAUGCAGAAUGAGGCUGGAUUAGUUGACGCUCCAGUAGCACCACGAGGAAAGAAAAAGAGAAAGCGACAGAAACACAGCAGUGGGAGACAUGACACUGUACUCCCACAGAGGAAAAAGAGGAAGUCUGUUCGCGUUGGAACUGCAGCUGAUAGGAAGAGAGGCAACAGCAGACUAAUUACAGACUAUCUAGCUCAAGCCGCACAAGAGCUCCAAUUUACUCCAUCUACCUCGGCCCCAGACGUCUCUGCCCCAGCCGCCUCGGCCUCGGCCCCAGGCGCCUCGGCCCCAGACGCCUCGGCCCCAGACACAUCGGCCCCAGCCGCCUCGGCCCCAGACACAUCGGCCCCAGUCGCCUCGGCCCCAGACGCCUCUGCCCCAGACGCCUCUGCCCCAGCCGCCUCUGCCCCAGCCGCCUCGGCCCCAGCCGCCUCGGCCCCAGACGCCUCGGCCCCAGCCACCUCGGCCCCAGCCGCCUCGGCCCCAGACGCCUCUGCCCCAGCCGCCUCGGCCCCAGACGCCUCUGCCCCAGCCACCUCGGCCCCAGACGCCUCUGCCCCAGCCACCUCGGCCCCAGACGCCUCGGCCCCAGCCACCUCACGCUCCUCAACUGCCUCAUGCUCCUCAACUGCCUCACGCUCCUCAACUGCUUCUUCAAGACUGAAAAUGGAUGCAAGAAGGCUGCUAAAAGAAAUUGUCUUGCCAAAAGUAGCGGUACCUAAAGGCAAACGGGCACGGUACCACGUGAGCGGUGAUGUGCUUGAGCACCGGGACUUCGUCAGUCUUGUUCAUCCCAAUUGGAUUAAUGACAAGAUAAUCAAUGGCUAUUUGCAUCUGUUGAUGACCAAAAAUAACCAAAGUGACUUUGGUCACAUCUUCCUACUCCCUUCAUAUGUGGCCGUCCAGUGGAGCUGUAAGAAUAUGCAACCGUGGAUGUUUCAGAAGGUGGUGUUGAGACGAUUCACCUGGGUUUUUAUGCCCAUCAAUGUUCGCCAGAGCCACUGGAUCCUGUUGGUGGCCAAUAUCCAAUCAAGAACAGUCUCAAUAUUGGAUUCCCUUGCCGGCCAUGACAAUUUGUUAUACUUUGAAAAAUUUAGACAGUACAUGGCAGCCAGGGCAAGGUGUACUGGCGAACUGCAAGAAGAGUGGUCAUAUGACGAGAAAAUUACUUCAGCCCAACAAUCGGACGGUAGUUCAUGUGGCCCAUUUGUCAUGCUCAAUGCCUUGGCUUUGACCUGGAAUACAUCACCUUCAGUCCUCAGACAAGACCAUGCCAGGAGCAUGCGGAACUAUGUGCUCUUCAAACUCCUCCAGGCAGCAGAAAAGCCACAUAAGCAAAGUAAAGUUUGUGACAUGGUGGGCUGCAGCAAGCCAAUAUUGCCAGCAGAUUGGGUGUGCUGCGAGGUAUGUGGCAGAUGGUGUCACUACAAGUGUGUAGGGAUGAGCAGUGCCCCUGAAGGAGACUAUGUCUGCCCAAUCUGCAUAGCUCGGUAUGAGUGAAGUGUGUAAGAACGAUAUUGCCUACGGAAAGUAUAUAAAUCAGUUAUUGACUGGCAUAUGUUAACACAGAAUUAACUUUUACAUUGCUUGCACUGUUCAGAAUAGUACAUCAUGUGACAUGAUGUGAGUUGAACAUCUGGUUUGGCAUUUUGCAAUUCCUGUUAUUACUCUUUUGGGAAGAGGGAUUUCUUUUGGUUGUAACUCUAUCAUCACAGGAAAUGAGUGAUUUGUUGUAUUUGAUUGUAAUCCCUAGGCUUCGUGCUUUCCAUUCAUAUGAAAUUUAAUUACUUUUUUUUAGCUUCCUAUCUACUUUAAAUUCAUACCAUACCGUAUGUAUUUCAUUUAUCACUCAAUAGGUUUGUCGGAACGCUUUGCGAAAAAUGAGCAUAAAACCCAUUAUGGGCUCCAAUAUUGAGCAAAAUUGUACAAUUUUUACCUUAACUUAUUAUUCACUCAAAGUUUACCUUAGUUUCUAUUCCUUCCUAAAAUUUUACAUUUUGAUCCAUGCUAUUAAAAAAUGUACUGAUUGUUAGUUCAAAAAGUUAUCGCUCUCUUUAAUUUAUUUCAUUUUUCCAUUCAAUAAUAACAAUAAAAACAUAGACAAGGCUUCAAAACUUAUGUACUUUAUUUCACAUCGUUCUUUAAACAGUGUUGAUUUAUGCAAAUGAUGUGUACUCGUCAAUGAUCCUUGCAGUCGACUGCAAGAUUUCAGGGGGGGGGGGUGGGUAAUAGGAUCCCCCCGGCUAUGGGGUAAACUGAUAUUCUGGCCUGAUUAGGGUUUAAUUAACACUAUUGAUUCAAUUCAACCUAGAUGCUUUAGGUGGACUUGCCGUUGAUAAUGUUUUUUAAUGUAUUGUUCAAACCUAUCUCGGAUUUCUUGUAGUUUAUACUAAACUACAGUUCAAAAUCAGUCACUUGAGGUUUAUGAUAUUACCAUAGAAAUAACCUUGUUAUAGCAGGAAUUGCAUAUCAGGUAAAAAAAGGAAUGUAUCAUAAAGAGCUGGGGACAGGAAUACAUGUAUUACCCUGUUAUGACAGCAGUAUAUUAAUUUUACUUCUGCUGUGUUUGUGCCUUCAACCAAAAAAGGACAUUACUAUGAUACAUAAUAUAAAAAUUGUUUUCAUAUAUUUGCCCAUAAACAUCAGAAAAUUAAUAAAUACAAAUUUGAUCAAAAUAAAUCCAGACAACUUUUUAAAUCACCAGAAAAAAGAAGGAGAUGAGAGGUAAAGAGAAGAGAAUAGAAAUGGUUAUUUAUGGGCCAGGGCUUGCAAAAGUAAAUCCUUCACUGUUUUCUGGAGGCAUACAAGUCCUUGUACUUACCGGUAACAUAGCUUUGUAUUCAAGUUGGCUGCCAGUCCAUCCCAUUUUCAUUGUUGCGAACCAUUCAACAUAUCAACUUCAAACUUGACUCAUGUAGAUAUUAAGUGGCUUGUUCUGGCAAUAAUAAUCGGACCACUUAACUUCAAACUUGUAGCAUGUGUGCAUACCAUAGUGAGAAUUAUCCGACAAGAUUUGGGGUGCCAAAGAUCACAGCAUUCAUAAUAAGUGAAUUAAUUGAAAUUGCCUAAUCUUACAUGAAAUAAUGUUUGAUACAUCAACUUACAUGUUUACUUAAGUGUAUGUAUACUUGAGUGAGAAUGAUUUGGGGGUCAUGAGAUCCUUGACCGCACUCAGUGAAGGCAAUCAACAGUAGUUUCUCAUGAUUAUUUACCACCUACUGUUCAACAAUGUGCUUAUCUUGUCAAAUGUCAAAUGUUUUUGGUUACGUUUUUCGGGUUGUCCGUAUGUCCCGUUCUCGUGAUCGUGUUAUCUCAAGAAGAACCGAUGGAUGGAUUUCUGCCAAACUUAAACCAUGCAUGUAUCUGGCAAAGCCAAUGAACUGAUUAGAUUUUGGGGUCACAAGGUCAAAGGUUACAUGACUCAUUAUGUAUGCAAAAAUAGCUUGUGAUCACGUCAU